CGCGGCGAUACACCCGUGGUGAAAAUUUGCCGCGACAGUUUGCGUGGACCGCGGGAUGCACCAGGUGAUCCGAUAGCUCGAACGGUCCGAGACAGUGUCGUAGCCCGCCGAAUACCAGAGGCUGCUAUAAAUAAUCCGAUGUCCGUCCCGGUCGCGCUCGCGAUGGGCGGUCGAGGGUACAGAAGGGAGUCGCCUAGGAGCCGCUGCAGCGGGCUGCUCUAGCAACCGCUCAGCCUCCUUCUCUGCCUCUCCCUCUAUCUAUCUAUCUAUCUAUCUCUCUCUCUCUCUCUCUCUCUCUUCCUCUUUUUAUCUCUCCCUCUUCCCUUCGAUCGAGAGGCGAAGGGUAUUUCGUGGACGACGUCUCGGGAGGAACAACGAAGCGUCAUCAUCGUCGCCGUCGUCGUCGUCGUCGUCGUCGUUUCUUGAUCGUUGACCAGGUAGGCAGACAGGUAGAAAGAAGGUAGGAAGAAGGAGACUGGAGGUGGAUUAGUACCGGACCUCCGUGUGCUCCGGCCGCGGCGUCUCUCCGGGGGUGGGGAUGGAGCCGGAGCAACGAGGACGCGCUUCGCGAGCGUCGUCGACGUCGAGCCUCGGACGCGAGGUCCGUUGCGGAUGUCAGUACUACCAGAGCGACUCGCUUCUGCCGGAACGACGUGCUCUCCUUGUCAGACCGUCAUCCAGGACGAUGCAGCAGCCACCUGCGGUCCGCUGCAGUGAGCACGAUUAUGAGCCGAUCGCGCCGCCGAUGCCACAUCCGGCGAUGGCACCGGUCGUGCGAAUCACCGAUACGGACGUGAUGCCCGUCGCCGACAGCGACGACAGCAUCGACGAUCAGGGCCGACUGCCACCGGAACUGAUCCUGGAUGGCGAUGUGAUCCUUCCGUUGGAUGGAAAAAUCGAGGACACCGCGAUGGAGGGCCGCGAGCUCGUCGCGACCGGCGACACCUCCGAGGAGCAGGAACCCACGGCGCAGCAGUUUCAGGACAGGCUUGAGGAACGAUUUCUCGCAUCCACUCCCUAUACGGAGUCCAGGACGACCGACGGCGAGGUCAAUACCAGUCAGGUAGACUCGUCGGCGAUAGAAGAGCUGCCGCUUCGGCGCGGCGCUCGUGGCCUACCUCAACGCCUGAAGACACAAGCUGGCAAGCUACGCUCUCGGCUCCGUGGUUUCCAGCGGCCCACAUUCUCGUUCCCGCAAAAACGGCAGAAGCCCGAAAUAACGACGACGACGACGACGACGACGAGAUCGGCGGCGGCGAGCAGCGGCAAGUCGGACAAGUCCCGCAAGUCCGUGGAGAAACGGCCUAGCAGAAUUGACCGGAUAAGAAUGUCCAUCUCCGAGAAAACAGGAAAAUUCAGUCUGCCCGACAGGUCCAAAUUUCACCUGCCGGAAAGACCGAAGUUCAGCUUUCCCGACAAAUCGCGCUUCCACUUGCCGGAUAAGUCGAAGUUCACCAUCAAGAAGCCCAACAUUCGUCUGCCCGGCGCCCUCGCUCGCAUCAAACGAUCGUCCUCCAUGCGCGAACAGCAGCAACAGCAUUCGACGGAAUCCACUGCUGGCUCCAAGCGCAAUAUCUUUGACUUCGCCACGUAUCCGCGCAUUUUCGAUAAAAAAUCCAAGAAGCGUGGCGAGUACGCGACGUCCUCGCCCAAGGACUCCAGAGCCCAGUCGGCAGAGAGCGCGACCUUCCCUCGCGCUCGGAAGGGGAAGUUCACCGCCAGAUGGACGCAACGUUUCGGGGACGCGGCUUACGUUCAGGACGAGGAUCGUCCGGAGGAAGCGACGGCAGCUGGAAGCGACGGCUCUCCUCCGUGGCAACAAAGCUCGAUGGAGGAACCGCCGAGACUGUCCGCCAGAACGGAGGAGGAGAUACUGGCGGCGGCUCGCGCGAUUCCGUGGGAGGACGCGAGAAAACAAGAGCAGUACGAAGAGGAGGAGAUACAAUACAUGGACUACGAGCAGGAAUCGUCAGAAAUGUCGGAGCGGCAUCCCGCUCCUCCGAAACGAUCCCAUAAGUCACGAAGACGCGAGGAGUCAUACGAACAUGAAGAAGCGAUGGAGGUAGAACCAAAAUUAUACGACGAUCAAGGAGUAAAACUUGUUCAUCAAGAUGAUAUCGAAGAGAUCGAAAAUGCGGCCGCACGAGACGAUUGGCAUAUGGAUCAGCAGAUGAUGCACAAGAAAUUCAGAACGAUUCCAAGGUCGCGAUCGUUGGACGAGGACAUGCCGCGGGUUCUGGAACAAGAAGGAUACGAGGAGGCUUUCAUGGCGGUGGACCCGAGACGAUUUGGACCGCAUAAGGCAGUGUCCGAUGAGGAGGAAGGCGAAGAGGAACACGAGCCUUCCUCGAUACAAUCCGAUCGGGAACAGCAAGCGUCCAGCGGCAGUUCCUGCGAUCGAAGACGUCGUGGCGUGAUAGAAGAAAUCGACUCGGACGAAUUCUUUCUGCGACAGAGCGGUAUCAGCCAGGAUGACAUGAACCUGGACAAUUACUUGCCCGAUGAGAUCCGAGAUGCUCUUAGAUCAGAAAUCAUCAGCGCGUUGCAGGACGACGAGCUUCCACCUAUUCCGCCCCAACGUCCUGUGAGAAUGCGAACUCUAAGGAAGCAUAAGGAAGUGGAAUCCAACGAAGCGGCACCGCCGAUCAGACCGAAACGGACGAGAUCGACAGCAACGCGACACAGUCGCGAGGCAUCGAUCACAGACGAACAGCUGUUUCGCGAGCGCACCAGAAGUGACUCCAGAAGCGAUUCCAGACACCGCGUGGUGUAUCAAACGGAGGGGGAUCAAGCGGAGCCACUGCAGGAGCCAUUAGAUGACAUAGUCGUGGUGAAACCGGUGCGCAGAAAGUCAAGGUCAUCCUUACGCAGUCACUCGCAGCCGCCGAUGGAGGUAUCGAUACUGUCUCCUUCGACACCCGUCACUGUUGCGCCCGACUCGUUUACAGUCCUUCCAACCACGCCACCGAUCGUACCUAUACGUAGAAAACGCUCGCAUCGGGAAACGAUGAUGGACCGAAGAAACGGCGAUGUGGGUGCGCCAAUCUGCAACGGUCAUCAUGACGAGUGGGAGAUGGAGAUCGUGGAAUCAAAGAAGCCGGUGGUUCCGACGAGAUCAUCACGAUCGCGCGAUCGUGAGCGAUUCGCCAACGGCGACGUCAUUAUGUCCGCGAGUCACGAGAACAUCGACAACCUGGAGAUGCGGUUUCAAUCGGAUGCCGCGCCGGAACCAGUACCAAUACCACCGAAAAGACGAUCACGCUCAAGGACCACGUCGGUCGUCGCCGACGAGGACAGAACAUCGCACGGCGCGGAAUCUUUGCCGGAGGUCGGCUAUGUUGAGGAAGACAUACCGCGGGAGGACGAGAACGGCUCGGUGCGAGACCUCUUCGGUUAUGCUAUUGUAGAAAAGCGAGAGAAGCCACCUAGACCGCCACCACCCAGAAGAAAACGCGACAAGUUUGCCACAACGCCGAGACCGAUCCCGCCUAAGCGACCUCAACGAGCGUACAGCACUUUGGGACCCAGCAGAAAGAGAGACAUCAGCACGGCGGAGACGAUCAUCAGCACAACUCUAGUACCAACUGAAUCCGUGCCGUACAUCGAGAUCGACGCGGAGGAGGUUGAGCAUCGAGAUUUCCGUAGUGAUGAAUUACUCAACAAGAUUCAAGGCCGUCCGCUGCCGGCGCCACCGCGGCCACCCAGGGCGAGGAAGGAACACGCGAUCGGGCGACCUCGUACUCCGUUUGAAUACGUAGAGACAAUGGAGGUGACGGCGGCAACGCAGACCGAUCCGUUGCCGGACGAUAUGGUGAUCGAGGAGAUCACCCAGGCGAAACUCGUAGUGACGCCUUCCAGGUCGGGGUCGCAGAUAAUGGUGUCGAUGGAACGUAUACCCAGCCCAAGCGAAACGACCACGCCUCCCGUACCUCCGUUGCCAAUGUCACAGUGUCUACGGAAAGACGAAGAAGAAGAAGAAGAAGAGGAAGAGGAGGAGCGGCAUCUAGAAGAGGAAGAUAUUCGAAUAACAUUUGAUACGGUGUCCUUGACAUCACCAUCACCUACCAGAGAAAUCGAGCUGAAAGACAAACAUAGAUCAGCGCCGCAUUUGGAGGAACGUAUCGCGGAAGAAUCACAACCUCAACCACAAUCACAACCUCAAGUUAGGUCGAGUCUAUUAGCCGACGACACGCUGAGAAUCAGCAGCCUCGAGGUUGGAGAUUUAAAGGUCGAUCGACUGAGCGUAUCGCAAAUAGAAGCGCACAAAAUCAUGACGUCUGAAGUGGAUGCGAUGAUGAUCACGGCGUCGGAAUUGAGAGGCGGCGGUUCCAUGGAAGAGAGUUUGUCGCCGGCCAUCAUCAGGGAAUUGAUGGCGAUCAGGAGUCAUCUGGAGACUGUGGCGACUCAGGCGCAAGAAAGAUAUCGUGAGAGUGAGAAGGAAGCCGCGAGUCACAAGACAAUCGACGUUUCUAUCGAAGAUGAUAUUCAACUUCGCGAGAGGCAAUCUGUUGCGCAGGACAAUUCGUCGGAAGAGACGGCGAAGCCCAGCGAGACCGUCGUGACUGAAUCUGCGCCUACAGAAGACGAAAAGAUCGAGGCUGGCGAGGAUCAAAAGGUUGUUAAAACAAACGUAAUAGAUGUCAGGGACAAAGAGAUAUCACACACUCCCUCAAUUGCUCAAACCGAAGAAUUCCCUUCCCCACUUAAGACACUUACCAUAGAUGAGUUAGAAUCCAAGGAUAAAGACAAAUCCACCACGCAUUUGCUCACGGUCGCUCAAGAUAAGUCCUUACGAAUUUUAGAUUCCGAACACCUCCUAACUUUGAGUUCGCGAACCACGUCGGGCUCCCACGUGGAUGAAUCUCGUGCCUCAUAUCCUCCGUCGGAUGUGCCUUCAACUCGAUCCUCCGAAUCGAGAGAGUCGCCGGAGCACGUCGGCGAAUCUCCAAAUAGUUCUGUCCAGACUGCUACCACUACUAUUACUACUGCUACUGCUACCACUACUGCUACUGCUACUGCUACUGAGUUGGGCACGACGUCUACGGGUCUUCGUGGCAGCAAGGACGAUGUGUCCGAUAGCAAAGAACAGACCCCUCGCAAGUCGAGAUCUAGAUCCCCUUCACCUAGCAAAGGUAUCGUGCGGCAAACCGCGUCUCCGGUUCGUUCAUUGCCACCAGCUAUUUCCGUGACUCCUGAUACGCCCGAUUCGAGUAUACCGGGGCAUGGUGGUACUCCCAUGGACGCUAAACCGCAGCGUGCCGUCAUUUCCUAUUCUUCAGAUGCAAAACAUAGUGUCCCUAAAGACGCUGAGCCACAGCGUGCUGUUAUUUCCCAUUCUUCCGAUAUGGAACAAUCCCUUAGAGAUAAGCAAAGGGAGUCCUCUCAAUCGCCAGUAUCCUCUUUUCCCUCGAGCACGACUCACUUCAUCGCCUUUCCAGUUUCCGAAAUUCCAACUCAGUUCUUUUCUCUGAGUGAAACGCCAAUGAAUCAGCACUCCGAUACAGAACUCGGCGUUAUAGAUACUACGCAGCAGCUUCUUCGAGCUCUCCGAUUGGCUGGGAUAAAGGCCAUGAGGCAUUUUAUAAGGUACCUAACAUCUACGUUAAAUACGGACGACACGAGAGAAAAGAUCAGAGAAGUGGAAUUAGCCAUAUGCGCCUUAUUACUUCUCAUAGCAGGCUUGUUGAUAUAUUAUUUCAGUAGCACGCGGAUUGUAACGCAUCAUCAUCAUUGGGAUUAUUUUAAUCCCCCUCAAUAGCACUUCUACAAUCCGGUUUGUCUACAUAUGUAAACGAAUCGUGUAAACGAAAUAAUCGUAAAUAAUUCAUUGAUUCGUAGAAAUAAAAAUUUCAUAUUUUUAAUUGUAUAAAUUUGUUUUAUAUAACAAUUCUGUAUUGAAGAAAAUAUCAAACUAGAACACGAAAGUAAGGAAUCGGAAUGGAAUUAUAGCUCUUGUACACAUAUCAGAAUAAAAUGAAGUACCAGGUUUGUAAGAAAUUG